GUCAGAGGCAACAUCUAAAGCUUGAGUUAAAGAACAUCUACGGGGUGUCUUUUCACAGGCACUGCCCGUCAGGGGAGAAGGGUACCACCAGUGUGUUAUUAGGCCCCAUCUUGGACGUAACAGAUCUCAGAUGCAAUGGAUUGGUUUCCUUAUAGAACUGGUGCUGUGCUGUUCAUUUUAAUGGUUCUCCUGGAGUUCAGUAGUGGCUUUCAUGUUGAGGUAAAAGAAUGGGAUGAAAAUGGUGUAGCAAGGUGGAAAACGUUUCGGAGGCAAAAACGAGAAUGGGUUAAGUUUGCUGCUGCCAUCAGGGAAGGUGAAGACAAUUCAAAGAGAAAUCCCAUUGCUAAGAUACGAUCAGAUUGUGAAGAAAAACAACCAGUUAUAUACAGAAUAUCAGGAAAAGGGAUUGAUAGUGAUCCAUAUGGUGUAUUUAUCAUCAAUCAGAAGACUGGUGAAAUUAAUAUAACAAAAAUAGUAGAUCGAGAGGCAAAUCCAGUUUUUAUUAUAAACUGUUUCGCUAUAAAUCCAACCACACAGCAGUCAGUGGAAACUGCACUUCAACUUCGAGUUCGGGUUAUGGAUAUUAAUGAUAAUCCACCCAUAUUUACUCAGGCGGUCUUCAGUGGGGCAAUUAGUGAAAGCAGCAUGGAUAAUACGUUGGUGAUGAAAAUAACAGCCACAGAUGCAGAUGAGCCAAAUAAUUUGAAUUCCAAAAUUGCUUACAAGAUUGAGAGUCAGACUCCUGGAGGUCCAUCAAAAUUUAUUUUGAACACAAUAACUGGGGAACUGCAUUGUGCAAAUAUGCUUGACAGAGAGGAACAUAGCAGCUAUUCUCUGGUAGUGAAAGCCACAGACAGGAAUGGGGGUCCAGAUGGAAUAUCAUCUGAAUGCAUAUGUAAUGUUGAGGUGGAAGAUGUAAAUGAUAACUUUCCUACCUUCUCACAGAGCUCGUAUUCACUACAAAUUUCAGAAAAUACCCUGAGUCAUGAGCUGAUAAGGAUACAGAUUAUUGAUCUGGAUCAAAUGCAUACAGAUAACUGGAAAGCAGACUGUUACUUUAUCUCUGGAAAUGAAAACAACAACUUUGCGAUAGAAGUAGAUUCAAUGACAAAUGAAGCUGUCCUGAUGGUGAUAAAGGAACUUGAUUAUGAACAUUCUUCAAACAUACAAUUAAGCAUUGGUGUACGAAAUGUAGCUCCUUUCCACUAUUCAGUGGCUAAUCAGUAUCAAGCUACAGGCACUCCAUUUUCAGUAGAAGUAAUAAAUAUUAGAGAAGGGCCAGCAUUUGCUCCUUCCACAAUAACAAUUACUGCACCAGAAGGUGAUAUGAUCACCUACCAAGCUGGAACAUUUCAAGCUAUAGAUCAAGAUACAGGAAGACCUGCUACUAAUGUUCGCUAUCAGAUGGGACAAGAUCCAGCUGCUUGGUUUAAUAUUGACUCAAGAACUGCGGUAAUAACUUUUAAGAAACCAAUUGAUCGAGAAUCAAUUUAUGUGUAUAAAGGGUCAUACAGUGCAGAGGUAAUAGCUAUUAGUACAGAAAGCCCUUUCACAACAGCCACUGGUACCAUUGUUCUUCAGAUUGAAGAUGUGAAUGAUAACUGCCCAACUAUAACCAGUGAAGUCAGAAAAGUUUGCAUGUCCAGCCCAACAGUCACAAUCACAGCAACAGAUCUAGAUGAUUAUCCAAAUGGUCAGCCUUUUAAAUACACCAUAAUCGCACAGCCUCCAGAAAGUUCAUGGACUAUCAAAGUAGUGAACGAUACCUCUGCACAACUGUCCACAGUGAAAAUGGAUUUUGUGAUUCAUGAAGUGUAUGUUAAUGUGAUGGAUAACAGAGGCAGAAGCUGUGAAAGACCACAACUAGUUCCUUUGCAAGCUUGUCGUUGUGAUUCAUAUGGAAGGUGUACUUCUGGUGCUACACAGAGAAUAACUGUCAUUAUUAGUGGUGGUGCUGGUGGGGGUACAGCUGGAGGAGCAGAGGGAACCGGUGGAACAGGUGGUGGUAGAGAUUAUGGUCCUGGUGGUAUAGGUUCAGUUGAUGGUGGAGAUGGUGUUGGCACUGGUAUUGGUGGUGGUGACUACGGUCCUGGUGGUACUGGUAUUUCUUCUGGUGGUGGAGAAGAUUAUUAUGGUGGCAUUUAUGGACCAAGGCAGCAGGGAGGAGCAAUGACAAUUAGUGCUGUUGUCGUCGGUCUGAUGUUCCUUGGAGCACUAAUAUUUGUGUUGGUUCCCAUUCUGAUGUCACAGAGUGACUGUUGCGGCUAUUGUGGAGGUGGUCCUACUGGUGGAGUUGGAGCUGGUUUUGAGCCUGUUCCUGAAUGUAAUGAAGGAGCAAUUCACUCUUGGGGAAUUGAAGGAGCACAGCCUGAAGAUCGGGAUGUUUCAAAUAUGUGUGUGCCAGUAAAAGGUGCAACUAAAGGUGAAUUUGCUGACUCAUCAGAUAUUUAUACAACAAAGUAUGGAGAUGGAGGAGUAGUGUGUUCAGAAGAAACUACAGCACUAGGUGCAGCUAAAGGUUAUGGAACGACUGUGGAUUAUGGAACUACAGGCUAUGGAACAACAGGAAGGAAAGAAAUGUAUGGAGGGACAAUGAAAGAAUACAGAGAGAGUGGAGUGAACAUGGCAUUCUUAGACAGUUAUUUUUCUGAGAAAGCAUUUGCCUAUGCAGAUGAAGAUGAAGGCAGACCUGCAAAUGAUUGUCUACUGAUAUAUGACCAUGAGGGUAUAGGCACUCCUGUUGGUUCCAUUGGCUGUUGUAGUUUUAUUGGAGAUGAUCUAGAUGACACCUACCUGGAUACAUUGGGACCAAAGUUUAAGACACUUGCAGAAAUCUGCUUGGGUGUUGAAAUUGAGCCCUUCCCAGAUCCCAGUUCACCUUGGCCAUCUAUUCCCAAUCCUGAAAUAGAUAUGAAUCUUCCACCACCAGGAACAACCAUUGUUGUUAAUACAUCUUCAUCUGUACCUCCACCCGUACCUCCACCAAUGUCUUCACCAGUGUCUACUGCUGUUGGUGGUACAACAGUUGUUACUGAAAACACCUAUACAACUACUUCCACUGUACAACCUCCUCCAAGACCUAUACCUGACCCAAUGCUCCAUGGUAAUGUAGUGGUGACUGAGACGUACACAUCUGGGCCAGCUCUGAAACCUCCUCCAAUUAGUGUUGAUCCAUUGUGCGGGUCAAAUGUUGUAGUUACAGAAAGAGUGGUUGGUCCUGCCUCAGUUGCUGAUUUCCAUGGCAUGAUAGAUAUCCCUGAUAUUCCAGAUGGAUCAAAUGUGGUGGUUACAGAAAGGGUUAUUGCACCAAAUUCACGGAUACCCACUUCAAUGAGCAUUCCUGAUCUAGCGGAUGGGUCUAAUGUAGUUGUGACAGAAAGAGUGAUUCGACCUAGCAGUACCAUGCAGGGCAAUUUAAGCAUUCCUCCUGAAUUAUCAAGUGCUCGUAAUGUGGUUGUUACAGAAAGAGUGGUGUCGGGGGCAGGAAUGAGUGGUGUGAGUGGCAUGGGGGGGAUAGGUGGCAUCACAGGCCAGAUGCUCAGUCCUGAUAAUCGUUUUAGCCAGACAAUUGGAUCUGCUUCCCCUGGUACAUCUCGGAGAAGAGUAACAAAGUACAGCACAAUACAGUAUUCUAAUCAGUAAGACCACUUACAGUUCUGUAUUGUUACAGAGCUCAACAUUUUCAAUGUUUUUAGAUUUGCCACAGAAUUACAUUUUCAUUAUUUAUGGUUAGCCAAUCUCACCAAGGGGAAAAUUUAUUAUUUGACAAGGUUAUCCAGUUCCAAUGAGAAAUAUAGAGUAUAGGGAAGCAUGGGUAUAUUAAGCAUGGCUACAUUUUUUUCCAAAUAUUGUAGAAGCCAUUUGCACAGUUUUUUGUACAUAACUAUUGUUGUAGAGGACUGUUAAUUCAACACACCACCUUCAUUCAGUCAAAGUGCCCUGUAUUCACCUAUCAUAGUAUUUUCUUCUACUUUUCUUCAACAUGAUAAAGAAAUGGAACUGGACUCAAGCUUGAAAUACUCACUGAGCUGUUUCACUCUUAAAUGUGUUUUCUUUAUUUGAUGGUGCUUGUUUAGAAUCUAUUCCUAAUAAUAACAAUUCCCGGUUCAACAUGCAAUUCAGUGCAUUCUUAAAGCUCUCUGGUGGAUCAACAUGAAGCAGUUAAAUAUCAAAACGCAGUCAGAAGGAAACAUGACUACCUGAGCUCCCUUGUAUUAUUAUAGGUAGCCAGUACAGAAAAAUGUUACAGUGAUCAUGCCUCUAGCGGAUUCCAGGUAGUAUAAGAUGCAAAGAGAAUACUGUAUGCUAUGGCAAUUUGGCAAUUACACUUUACUGCCCUCACAAAAUACCACCUCCAUUCUUUAAAACUUGCUUUUAAAAAAAAAAUCUUAACACACACUCUUCAAAGCUACCCCCACAGCCUGGUCUAUACUUGAAACAAUUAGCCUUAUUGAGUUAUAUUUACAGUUCCCCAAAUUGUAUAACCAAGAGCCCUGUGGCACAGAGUGGUAAGCUACAGUACUGCAGUCGAAGCUCUGCUCUCAACCUGAAUUUGAGCCUCAUGGAAGUCAGUUUCAGAUAGCUGGCUCAAGGUUGAUUCAGCUUCUGAGGUUGGUAAAAUGAGUACCCAGCUUGCUGAGGAGGUAAAGUGUAGACUACUGGGGAAGGCAAUGGCAAAUCACCCUGUCUAGUAAACAUCAUAAUGUGAUAUCACCCCACAGUCAGUAAUGACCCAGUAAUUGUCUUUACCUAAAUUUUGUAAAACAUACAUACAUAUCUUAUUAACUGUCUUCUUAGUUCACUAUGGUUUUUGUUCACUAUAUUCUACCAGUGCAACUCUAAAUUAAAUUAUUGCUUUGAAGUCCAUUAACUCCAAUGGACUAGGAAGAAUGCAACUCUGCUCAGAAUGAGAGUGUAAGGGCCCAGUCCAGAUUGGGGGGGCGGGGGAUAGUCUUGUGGGAACAUUGAAGCGUUAUGCCAGUUUGUUUAUACCUACAUCAGUGGAGGCACCUACAUCAGUGGAGAAAGCAAAGAUGCUGGCACAGCUCUGUGGCACCCAAACCCAGAAAUGUCUGCCACCUGGGAGAUACACUGGCAUCUGAGAGCAUGUUGACACAUCAGGAGGGGCAGGUCAGAGGCUUUCCUGGUGGUAGAGCUCACUUUAGUUGGCUUCCAUUGGGGUUCAGCCCAGGAACGCCAUCCUCCAUGGCUGCAGACUUACACCACUGGAAAGUGUAGCGCAAAUCUUUUUCUACAAUGGAGUUUUUCAGUGGCAGGAAGGUUUUCCAAUUUCCGUUCUUUCCACGAUACCCUUUUGAGUCCUUUUGAGAAGGCAUGGCACUGCCUUCACGACACCAUCCCUGGCCACCGUAGCUCCCCGCAUCUGGAUUGGGCUGCCCAGGACAUUUUAGCAGAGUGAAAACAAUUGUUGCGGAUAAUUAACCAAUCCAAGAGUGCAGCUAAUAAACGAUAUAAGAAUAUUAGAAAAGGUAUGUAAUACUAUAGUUUGAAAGUAAAUCUGGAUACAUUAAAUAUGUCCUACCCAAAAAUAUUUCCACAAUAAAUUUAAUUAUUAAGUAUUCGCCUACUAAUAGUGCACUAUAGGUGUUUACAAUGCUGAUGCAAAAUUUGAUUCUUACAUACCUUUACCCAUAGUCCCAUUGAAAUCAGGAGAAUUUAACUUUUAAAUAAACAUGAUAGGAUUACACUGCACAGAUCUUUUCCAUGUUGUUUAACUGCUUUCAUAGAUAACUUAAAAAUAAAAUAUUGAAAAUAUAGAAUAUAUUGGCUAAGAUCCAAAGAGCUAUUUUAGGCAUCUUUAAUUAUUUGUUUCCUUUUAAUAGCCAAUUAUUUGUUUCUUUUGAACAAUAUGUCACAAAUGACUAAAUGAGACAUCAUUCUGUAUUAAUACAGGAUCAGAAAGAUAAAAGGCAGCCUAUUGAUUCAGUUGUUUGUUACAACUUUAUUGGAGAUGUUCCUCUAUUAGCUUCAAUAUACUUAUAUAGUGCUGAGUAUGAGGUAUGGCUGUUUGAGAAACACAUGGUCAAAGCCCCUUGGACAUGCAAAAGUGGCUGCAUGAUUCUUUGGGUUCUGGUCUUCAUGUUUUCGUUAUGUACCAUAUGUAAACUAAAUGUAACUGCCAUGUAGACAGCACAUUAGUACUGUAAAUACAAUAGGUAUUUACAUGGAAUUUUCUUAACUAGGCUAUACUAAUCUAUUCUCUGUGAUUUGAUUAUUACCAUUAUUUGGGUAGACAUAUAUGAAACAAUUUUGAGGGUCUUUAACUACUUAGGGCUGUUUCCCAUGUUGCAUUUUCCUAGCUAUAUUUUUAAAAUGUGUCUUAAUAAGAGUCAGAAACAUGGAUGGAUACUUGUAUGUUCUGCUUCUUAGACAACUCAGUUAUGAAUAUAAAGCCAACUAGCUCCUGCAUUCUCAUCAGUAUUCAUAGUUUACUUUUAUGAUGGUACAAAGAGGUUAGGCUACUUCCCUGCACACAUUGUACCAAUGGAAACAAAAUUUCAGAAGUUGCUUAUUUAUUUAGAUUUCUUUGGAUCAGUUCAAUUUUAGGGGCUUGUGUGUGCUUUCGGGGCUUAUCACCACUUCCUUGACA